AUGAGAAGACAUACUAACGCCAAAUCGAAACGGCUCUCACAUUCAUUCGUUCUUGCUUUCUUUCUCUUUUUUUCUCCUAUUUUCACAUCAUGCUUCAAUUUAUUCUGCUUUUCCACUUUCCUUUAUUCACUUUUUUUUACUUUCUUUCAUCUUCUUUCUUUCGUUCUUUCUUUCUUUUUUCCCUUAUUUUCCCAUCAUGCUUCAGUUUAUUUAUUCUGCUUUUGCACUUUCUUUUAUUCACCUUUUUUUACUUUCUUUCAUCGUCUUUUUCUUUCUUUCUUUCUUUCUUUUUUCGCUUAUUUUCCCAUCAUGCUUCAGCUUUUUAGUUCCUUUUCUCUUUCUUUUUUUCUUUUAUUCAAUAUUAUUUUAAGAUUUAUUCUGCUUUUCCACUUUCUUUUAUUCACCCUUUUUUUACUUUCUUUCAUCGUCUUUUUCUUUCUUUCUUUCUUUUUCCUUUAUUUUCCCAUCAUGCUUCAGUUUUUUAGUUCCUUUUCUUUUUCUUUUUUUCUUUUAUUCAAUAUUAUUUUAAGAUUUAUUCUGCUUUUCCACUUUCUUUUAUUCACCCUUUUUUACUUUGUUUUAUCUUUUUUCUUUCGUUUAUCUCUUCCUUUUUAUUUUAUUUCUCUUUCUUUCUUUCUUUCUUUCUUUCUUUCUUUCUUUCUUUCUUUUGUUCUUUCUUCUGAUGCAUCACUCCUCCUUUUAUUCUUUUUACUUUUGUUCUCUAUCAUCCUUAAUUUUCUCCUUCCCCCAGAUUCUCUUCUUUCUUUCUUUCUUUCUUUCUUUCUUUCUUUCUUUCUUUCUCUUUGUUUUUCUUCCUUUUGA